GCCCGCCCGCCGCCAUCUUGGGGAGGGCUCGUCCCCACCGUCACCCGCGGUGACUGACGGCGGCGGCGGCCAAUGGCGGGCAGGCGCGCCCCGAGGCAAUGAGUGACAAGGAGGGUGCCAGCGAGGAGGACUGGCUGGCUCUGAGGCCCCAGGAACCUUCUCCAGCCCAGUGCUGCGGCAGCGGCUGCAAGCCCUGCAUCUACGAUGUGUACGAGAAGGAGCUUGCACAGUGGGAGAGAGCCAAAGCAACGCAAGACAAAAGCCUUCUCAUGGGAAAGAAGGAGCAGAGCAAUAAUUCAGAGCUGAAUCCAGAUACAUUCACUGCAUUCAGCGUGAGCUCGGUGGAGCAGCUGACAGAGGACACCUACCAGUACAAAUUUGAAUUACCGGGAAAUAGCAGCCUGCGCUUGAGUUUAGGACAACAUAUCGUGUUAAGAGGAGUGGUGGAUGGUUUGGAGGUCCAGAGAGCCUAUACUCCAAUUAGCCCCAGGAAUGCAGAAGGUUACUUUGAAGUUCUAAUUAAAUGCUAUGAAGCUGGGCUAAUGUCACAAUACAUAAAAACAUGGAAAAGAGGAGACGUGGUCUUUUGGCGUGGGCCGUUUGGAGGGUUCCCAUAUCAGCCUAACAAGCAUGGAGAGCUCCUCAUGCUGGCCUCUGGCACUGGCCUUGCACCAAUGAUUCCCAUCCUCCAGUCCAUAACAGAUGAUGAAGAGGAUGAAACCUUUGUAACUCUUGUUGGCUGCUUCCCUACCUUUGACAAAAUUUAUUUAAAACCUCUUCUGCAGGAUUUGGCUCGGUACUGGAAUAUUAGAAUAUUUUAUGUCCUAAGCCAGGAAACUUCGCUGGAAAAACUUCCUUGGAGCUACCAGGAAAACACAUACACUGGUCAUCUCAAUGAGGACUUGAUGAAGACAAUAGUGAAUUCCUGUCGAAGAAAGCCAUUUGUAUUAAUUUGUGGCUCUUCUGCAUUCAAUGAAGAUAUGAGUAGAUACUUGAAAGCUGCAGGAAUUGAAGAAGAUUCCUGUUUUGUCUUUUAGCAGUACAUUCCUGACCUGAGGAACCUUGGGCUGAGCCUUGGAUGUCCUUGUUUCUUUGCAGACAUUGCACAGAAGGGCCUGCUCAGAAGACUGAGCUCCUUGGAGCAGCUGUUUGUUGAUCCUCACUCUGGGGUGUUUUAAGGAAUGGGUGCCAUUCCAGAGUGGCUGGUACAUGGUGUGCCCCCCACACCUCAAGGACCUGCAUGGCAAUUUUAAUGGAAGUCUUCAGGUGCAAUUUUAAAAGGGAGAUCUCCUAAGGGGGGUACUAGAAAGCAUCCACACACACAGCUCUGCUGUAGUAUGAGGAUUGGUGACUUGCUUUGCCAUCUGUGUUAUUCUGCAGUGGGUUGUGCCCUGUUAGGUAUCCAGAGGAGAGAUCUAAUCCUCAGGGAUCCUUGCCAGGCCAAGGGGACAGCAGAGUUGGGAUCACUUUGGUUCUGUCAUGUGCAGGCUGAUGCCAGGCAAGUCCCUUCAGCCUCACUGUGCCUCAGUUGGCCCACUGUGCAUUAAUACAGAGAAGGUGGCACUGAUCUCUGAAAACAGCCAUCCCAACCAUGUAUGGAAAGUGUAUCCCUAAGGAAGGAGUGAUACAUUCUGUCCAGGGAGAGCCUAGGCAGGCUGAGCUCCUGCCCUGGCACAGCCUGUGUUACCUACCCUGUGCUCAGCCCUAGAAAUGCUCCCUGGGGACACAAAGAGCAUGUCCUAAAUCUGGGAGAGCAUGGCUGGGUGGUGGCUGCUGUCUGUCAGGGAGAAUGGUUGUUUGCUUUCUAUGUCCCCUAAGUGUUGUAUCAUAACCCUGGCUCAUUAAAUUGAACCUCUUUACAAAUAAACAGCUGUUUGAUGUUGUCACAGGACUCUCUCAGGUGCCUGAGGAGGUUCCCUAAGCACACAGGAACACCACCUGAGGAGAGAAAGCU